AUGCCAGCGAAAAAUCGUGGAAAAUCAGCAGUCAGUGAACAAAUAAAUUUGUUGAAUGUAAACGCCGAUGUUGUGCUUCCAUCAGCCUCACCAUUGAAAAUCGAAUCAGUUGUACCACGUCGCAACAAAAAUUCCACAAGUCGUUUUCUACAACGUUCCUACAGUACAUUAAAUUUACGAUAUUUGAAUACAUUGAUAAGUGAGAAUCAUCAUCAGCGUAAAAGUGGUGUCGAAUCAAAGUCAAAGCAACAAUUGAUAAAAAAUACCAAUCGUGCUUUGGAUUGUAACAUCAAUAGUAGUGGUAAACGCUUUGAAACAAACGAAAAUGGCAGUGUGGCUGUCAAAACAUCGCCAUCGACAACAACGGUGCACAACGGCACAGCCUUCACCACAUCGAAUUCAACAGCAAAAAGUAGUGUUCAGCAUGGAUUUUGGCGUAUACAAAGAACAACAAAAGAAAAGGAAAAAUUUCCCGACCGAAUAAAUUUGGAUCGUAGAGGCUUAGCCACUCUUCCCCUAAUAGUUGAUGAGCCAAAUUUACGUUUGUUAUCACUUCAGCAUAAUCUAAUCAAUAGUAUCUGUGUACCUGCUUCCAAUAGUAGUAAUAGUAAUAAUAAUAAUGAUAAUAAUCAUGUAGACAGUGAUAGUUCAUCACUUAUUACCGCCAUUGAAUUUGCGAAAAAAUCGACUACAAAUUUAGAGCACAAACAACCGAAAAAGUUUUCGACGAAAGCAACGAUAAAUGGUUAUGGUAACGGAAGCAACAACAAUGCCUCUGGUCAACAUUUAUUGCGUGCACAAUCAAUACAGAAACCGUCGUCACCAUCAUCAUCAACAUCUCGUACAUUGUCACGUAAUUUUUCCAUAAAUUCAAACGCAAUCAGUCGGAAUCGAACAACCAAAACUAUUGACCCAAAUCACCGUAAUGCAACACUCAUACGAGAAAAUAGUACGACGACAACGACGAAAAAUUCCCUUGUACCAAAAUCAGCGCUUCUACAUUCCAAAGAAAAAUACGUGCUCAAAAGGGCAAAUAGUGUUGUCAACAGUUACUCAAAGCAUCUCGGUCGAUUGAUUCAAAACCGCUACAAUGGCAAUGGUAAUGUGGCUUGCAAACAACUUGCGUUAGGUUCGAGCAUUAGCAGUGAUUCAACAACGCAUGAUAUAGAACUACAACCACCAACCGAAAUGUUAAUGAUAAAAAAUGAUCCGUUCAGUGUAUUUGCACAAUGUUUACAGAAUUUAGUGUUUUUGGACCUUACAGAUAAUCAAAUAGAUCGUAUUUCAUGCCUGGAUGGAUUAACAAGUUUAACCGUAUUGUUGCUGGGCAAAAAUCGAAUAACCGACAUCUCUGGUGUCAUCGGAGUUAAGAUGACAUUGCGUGUACUUGAUUUGCAUGGCAAUAAAAUAUCAUCGAUAACACAAAAAAUUUGUCAACUUCAACAAUUAAAAAGCCUCAAUUUGGCCGCCAACAAUUUGCGACAAAUACACGACGACGAUUUCAAAGGAUUGACGCAAUUAAAAGAAUUAAAUAUUAAACGUAAUCGUAUCAAGAAAAUUAAUGGUUUUGACGAUUUACAAGCAUUGGAACGAUUGUGGAUGUGUCACAAUGAAAUUGAAAAAGUGGCACAUUUAUCGUGCUUGAGAAAAUUAAUGAAUCUACGUGAAAUUACGAUUGAAAAUAAUCCCAUAUCGUUGGGCGGUGAUUGCAUAUCAUUUUUGGUAUCGUAUUUAAAACGUUUGACUUCAUUCAAUCAAAUGCAUAUUACUGAUCAGGUUCGACGUGCCGCAAUGGAAUGGCGUAAAAAUAAAGAACUAUACGACUCAAAUCCAUCUGAGCUAAGUAGUGAUAUUCGACGAGAAGAGAUUAUAUCAAAUGCACGUACAAACUGGGAAUUACUGCGCUCACAACAACCGCAAAAGUUAUCCAACCAUAAUCAUCAAAAGCCGAUAAACAGCACUACCAUUCCAAGGACUAUAACAAACGAAUGCGGCGGCGAUGUUGAGAGCAACUUAUCGGAAAAUGUAAUUAUUGAUAGAAAAUUGAUACGACAAAAAGCACAAACGAUACGAAAAAAUCUACGAAAAUCAGUGAAAAUGAAACGAUCCUUAUCGCAGGAUAAUAAUAGUUCAAACGCAACAAAUGAAUUUCGAUUACCACCCAUUACACCCAUUGCUUCGGAAAGUGUGCUCAUUGAUGCAUCACUUAAUGCAUCUGCAUCAAGUAUUGGGGUUAACGUUGAUUCAGCAUCAAGUCAUUUCAUCUCUGAAAAUGAAGACAAUGUAAAAAAAUCCACGGAAGACUUAUCCCGAAUGGUUAAAGAGUGUGAAACUGAAAAGGCAAUAGUUGAUAGUAAUUUUAUAGCCAAAUCGGAUGUGAAUCAUCCGAUUUGUGAAAAUGAAAGAGAGGUUGUUGCAAAUAUGUCAGAAAUAAAACCCGCCAAUACAACCGAUAUUGCUGAUAACCUUGAAAUCGACGAGUCCGCAAAUAAUACUACUAUUGCAAAUGAAACAAUUGAUAAAGAUGCGCUUGCUGGCACAGGUACCCUCGAGAACACCGUUAAUAAUAUUGCAUCUGAAAAAACCUCACUUCAUCGUACAAAAAGUAUAAUAAAAAGGUCGUGUCAACAACAUACAAUGUUACAACGUUCGCAAACAGCCAAAGUGAUAAAUCUGAUUUCUCCGGUGCCAGCAACGAUUAUAUCACAGACACCAAAACCACCAAAACAGUUGGAUCGUGAACGGGAACAAGGAGGUGACUACUUGAUUGAAAUAUCUGGCCGAUAUUUAAAUGUUUAUGGAAGUGGAGCGAUUAAAUUUAUAGAUCGCCAAUGGAAUGCGCAAAAAGCCAAUGAUGUACAUACAUUGAAAUUUAGUUAUGCAAAUUUCAAUAAUGUUGCUACGAUUUUCGGAAAGAUAAAAAAUCGCUUUCCAAAUGCCGAAAAUUAUGCAUUUCGUGAAACAAAUAUACAAUUUUUCGGGCAAUUGAAUGCAUUGGCUGAACUUCAAGGUUUAAAAUCGUUAUAUAUCGAUGCCGAAGGAAAUCCGAUUAGUUCAAAAGAUUGGCGUCAAUAUGCAGUCUAUCGUCUAUCGCAUUGGGGCUUAAAAAUAAUUAACGAUCAGGAGAUUACAAAGGAAGAAAUUGAUGCAGCACAACAUUUUUUUGAAGGUUUGUCGAAUUUGGUGCUGUGGUCAUUGCCUGAAUCAACCAUUGAACCACUGCUAUUACGACUGAAUUUGGAAGAAUCAUGCACAAACGUUGAAAAAAUCAAACCCAAACAAUGGUUGAUGAGCGCUGAUUUAUCAUUGCGUACUGUAGUUGGAAAAGAGGCGCUCCAGUGCAAAUUGACACCGAAUACAUCGAAUCCAUUCGUUCAGGAAAGUGAAUUUCGAAACCGUGGUCGACAAUGUUUAUCGACAAUGGUUGAAAAUACCUACAAUGCCGUUGAGAAACUACAAAAAUUAGAAACCAUGUGGUCGGGCAUGUUACUUGAUAUUGUUAAAGCGACUCUACUAGAUUAUGCUCAAAUGGAUGCAUACAUCGAACAAUUGAUGUUUGAUUUAAAUUCGACGAACAAAACGUAA